UGUAGUAUAUAUCGGAUUGUGCGCUUGUUUUGACUGUGUGAAUGGGAUGUUGGGUGUAUACAAAUAUUUAGUUUUGUUUGAAUUAUAGCUUGGAUGUUGUUUUAAUUCGAGGUUUCGAAUGGUAACUCGUAGAAAAUAAUAUCUAGUUCAGGCCUAGAGGUUUCAGAAGGCAGAACUUGGUUACUGACGUUAUAAAAAUGGGAACAGUUGUUAUUCGGUAUUAUCAACCUGGAGACCAAUUACAGUGCCAAGAAAUUGUGAAGGAAGGGAUAAUGUCAACAGUCAACACGGCAUUUUUUGCUGGAUUGUUACGGGAAAUAACAUUUCAGUCAAUUAUUCUUGUGUCGGCCCUUCUGUUUAUUUUUGUCGGCAUUCCAUUUCGUAUUUGCUUUCUUACGGUGCCAGCAAGUGUAAUUUUCAUCGUGUAUGGAGGCAUCUACUUUGCCCAUGUCAUGAGGGCCAUGGAAGUCAGCCAGGAAAUAGCAGAUAUUCCCCGAGUAUACAUGUCGUCCCGUGAUACCGGAUUCUGGGUUGCAGAGGUCCACGAACCGUUGUCCAACACGUUGAAACCGAAAUCAGAGGUUAAAUAUAGGUUAGCAACUGAACAUGAUCAGCUAAAUGCUCUUGGUGGCUAUCAGCGACGAGUAGUGGGUACCAUAGCUGUGAUGCGAUGUCGAACUACUGAUAAUGCUGCAUGGAUACGUCGCCUAGCAGUUAGCAGUGAUUACCGACGUAAGGGUAUUGGAUCUGCUCUUGUAGAUCGUGCACUGAGUUUCUGCAGUGAAAGAGGUUAUAAAACAGCAGAGCUUGUUACAACAGAAUGCCAUUCUGAGGCAGGAGCUCUGUAUUUUAAAAAAGGUUUUGAGACCAAACAAAUUUAUCAUAGACAAAUAAUCGGCAGUCUUGUUACGGUGAUGAUGUAUUCAAUGACUAAAAAGACUGACUGUCUUAGUGCAUGAUACUAUAAGUUGUCUUAGUGUGUGAUGCUAUAAAUUGUCUGCCAAUAGUGUAUUGUUUCUAUUUACUCCUUCUGACAGCUACUACUCAGUGUUGUCAAGUGAUGAAUUACAGGCCUAAAGAGCAAUAAUUAUUUUGUUAGUGACGGGAGGAGUGGAAAAAGGCUACAUUAUCAGUGGCAGUGAGGUUGCUGCAUUCUACAGCUUAUUUAUACAUUUAAAAUUUAAGUAGAGGCACCCAGAAAAGACUUCCUUUAUGAGGAAUGUUGACAGGAUAUGAGUGGUGCUUUCACUUGGUAUUCUCAACUCUCAGUGGUUUUAAUCAGAAAGUAGAUUAAUUGUAAUGGUACCUUCUUAUAAAUGCCGUCCUUUGAUCAUUGGUUGACUGACAGAAUCUCAGUUAAAAUGUUCUGCCAAACUAUAAUCACCUAAGUACUUCGUCAGGCUGCUUAUAAUCUCUUGACCUUUUCAGUUGUGUAUAUUGUUGAUUUCUAUUAAGUAUUUUUGUAUAUUAGUGUUUGAGCAGUUAUUGAUCCAGUGUGUUUUUGUUUUUAGGUCGCUAUAUUAACACUGAGUUAUUUGUACUGUUUCUAGAAAAUAAAUGAUUGAUAAGAAAAAUA